CAACCCAAGGCGCGAGGGAAGAUGGCAGCGCGGUUGAGAGGUUUGGGUUGGGCCGCCCGACCGCUGCUGCCGGUGGUCCACACUUGGGACUUCCACGCGCAGCGCUGGGUCCGGGCGCUGCGGCGGAGCCCCGUGAGGGUGGUGUUUCCAUCUGGUCAGGUGGUGGAACGGAAGCCCGGUUCUGGGAAGCAGCCCGGCAGGGCGGCGGCUGAGACCGGUCCCCACGAGCCGCGACGGAAGCCGUCGCUUCAGGUGCCUCCAUCCCAGACGCCUUGCACCUGGGAAGAUUCGGGGCUUCGCUAUGAUAAGGCCUUACCCGGGGACAGAAGGCUGAGCAGUGUAAUGACAAUUGUUAAGUCGAGGCCAUUUCGGGAAAAGCACGGGAAGAUCCUGCUGGAAGGGCGCAGGCUGAUUGCAGAUGCUCUCAAGGCUGGUGCUGUACCAAAGGUUUUCUUCUUUAGCCGCCUGGAAUACAUAAAGGAGCUACCCAUUGAUAAGCUGAAGGGUGUCAGCCUCAUUAAGGUGAAAUUUGAGGAAAUCAAGGAAUGGUCAGACCUCGUAACACCACAAGGAAUAAUGGGGAUUUUUGCCAAACCUGACCACGUUAAGAUGACCUACCCGGAGACUCAGCUUCACCACUUGCUGCCCUUAUUGGUGAUUUGUGACAAUCUCCGUGACCCUGGGAACCUGGGGACGAUCCUGAGAUCUGCUGCUGGCGCAGGCUGCAGCAAAGUAUUACUCACCAAAGGCUGUGUGGAUGCCUGGGAGCCCAAAGUGCUACGGGCAGCAAUGGGUGCCCAUUUCCAGGUGCCCAUCAUCAAUAAUCUGGACUGGGAGACAGUGCCCGACCACCUGCCCACCGACACCCGGGUCUACGUGGCUGACAACUGUGGCCUUUAUGCCCAGGCCAACAUGUCUAGUAAAGCCAUUGAUCACGGCUGGGUAUGUGACCAACAACUCUCGAAGUUACACAAGUAUGAGGAGGAGGAUCUAGAAGCUGGGGCCAGUAAAGCCUGGCUCCCUGAAGUUGAGGUGCAGAGUUAUGACUUGGACUGGACAGAGGCGCCAGCAGCUGUGGUGAUAGGGGGGGAGACGCAUGGCGUGAGCCUGGAGUCCCUGCAGUUGGCCGAGAGCACGGGGGGCAAGAGGCUGCUGAUCCCUGUCGUGCCCGGUGUGGACAGCCUGAACUCGGCUAUGGCUGCAAGCAUCCUGCUUUUCGAAGGCAAAAGGCAGCUGCGGGUAAGGGCGGAACACGUGGGCAGGGUCCGGAGUCACCCCUGAGAGGGAGCGUGGAAGCCAGUCCUCGGUCGGAGGUGGUGCCCAACUCCCGCUGCAGUGUUAGGAGAUAGGCAGGGUCGGUAACGGGUUUCCCAGGGCCUAUUCAGGAGGUAAGAUGUGGGCAAGAUGCUGUUAGAUGAUUAUUGGAAAAAUAAGGAUUUCCAUGAAUUUCUGCUUCUCCUCGAAAGUAACAAGGGUGAGAAUUCUUCCUGAGAUCUCCUCCAGCUCCCGAACCAAACUUCAUCUCGAGAGAGCCCAGAGAGCAUGCGUGACUCGUGCCCCACUUGUGGCAGAGUGGGGGUGCUUCGGUAUGUUUGAUGGGAGGGGUUUUUACAGGAACAAUCUGGCUGGCUGUGCUCUCCCAGGCUGGUGCCCCGCUCUGGUCUGGGCCUGCCCAUGGCCUCACACAGAUGUUUGAUGUGAGUGGCCCAUGGAUUGUUCAUGAGACCCUUGGUGCCUCGUCAGCUUUUAGAAGGCAGAAGAGCCCACAGCCUUCCGACGGUGCUGAGCCCACAAAGCCUUGGUCCUCCAGCUUCACGGGGGCCACGGUGCCUGUCACACCAGCAGGCUCGAUCCGGGAGACCGCUCAGUACCCCUGGAGUCUGCUGACAUUUGUUCUCUCCACACCUUGGAAAAGUGCUAAGAAAACGAGGUCAUGGGAAGGAUGAAGCCAGUGUCCUGCAGCUUUGUCCCUGGGUUAUUGUUCCUGCUGGGUGCCGUUACAAAAUAAAGAUCAGUGACCGAACGACAAA